AAAAAUGAAGCUCAGGGUACAACUCUGAAGCUGCACUUUAUUUCUUCACAACGGGUGUGGAAAUCUUUUCGAUCAUACUUCGUUGCCGAUGAAAACCCAAAAUGUCACUGUGACUGCAGAGUCACUGAAGAGCAAGAGAAUGAAGAACAAGAAAAGGAAAAGAAAAUUCAAGGGCAACUUUAAUAAUGGCUCGGAGGAAAAUCCUCGACCCGCAGAAGAAGAAAUCUCCGAGAUAUCCACAAGAAAAAGAAAAAGGAGGCGAAAAUCUGCAGGUGAAAAUCGUUCUUCUGCCAAAUUAGAACAUAAUUUUAUGGAAUCGUCCAAAUACGUCGAAAAGCAAUCUCAGAACGCAAUGACGAGGGAACCCUCAAAGCCUCCGAUGUCUUCAUUGAAACCCAACAACUUUCUUGAUAAGAUGCGAGCGAGAUUGGCAGGGGGACAUUUUCGCAUGUUGAAUGAGAAGCUUUACACUUGCAGAGGCAGCGAGGCAUAUGAUCUAUUUAAGAAUGAUCCUUCUUUAUUUAAUGUGUAUCAUUCAGGAUACCAGGAGCAGAUGUCUCAUUGGCCUCAACAACCAGUGGACGUUAUCACCAAAUGGCUCAAGGAGCACAGCCACUCUUUAGUUGUGGCUGAUUUUGGAUGUGGUGAUGCGAGGUUAGCAAAAUGUGUCAAGAACAAGGUUUUCUCUAUUGACCUUGUUUCCAGUGACCCAUCAGUGAUUGCUUGUGAUAUGGCACAUACCCCUUUGACUGAAUCAUCAGUUGAUGUUGCUGUCUUCUGUCUCUCGCUGAUGGGAACUGACUUCCCAGAUUAUCUCAAGGAAGCUUACAGGGUACUGAAGCCAGGCAGAGGUUGGCUUCUGGUAGCAGAGGUGAAGAGCAGGUUUGAUCCAGAUAAUGGUGGUGCUGAUCCAAACAAAUUUGUUAAGGCUCUCAAUUGUCUUGGUUUCAACAUUGUCUUCAAGGACUUCUCUAGUAAAAUCUUCGUACUCUUCUAUUUCAGAAAGGAGAAAGGAAGGAAUAUUGAAGGGAAACAAAUUGAUUGGCCAAGGUUAAAACCCUGUAUAUAUAAGCGCAGGUGAAAAAAAGCUAAUAUAGAAAAACGUUUCUAGCUGUUAGUUAUACUGCUGUUACUUUUUCAUGUAACGGACAGUAUUAAUGUAAACUAUCCAGUUACACUUAUAUUUUACACGUACCAACUUCACAAGUCAACUUCCAUACAAGUCAUGGAAUAUUUAUUCUUGUAGGAUUAAGGUUUAUAUAAAUCAUAUGUGGAAUCUUUUAUUCUUUCAAUAUAAUUCUUUUCAUUGA